AUGGAGAUUAGUUCAACUUUAAGAGAGCAAUUAUAACAAUCAUGUCCUGAUUAAUACCCUCAAAUAAACGAAAUGCUUCUAUAAUAUGAUUAGAAAUUGAGGGAAUAUUUUGAGCACUAGUCAAAGGCCAAGUCCGAAGAUACUGUUCUGAGCAAGGUUAAUCAAAUAAGCAAAGAUUAAAAAUCUUUGAGUUUUCCCUAUUUUAACCAACUACUUGACAAUAUCAAGAAAUUAAUUGGACCUCAACAAUUCUUGAGGUUUACUCAGUCCUACGUUAAGUAACCAGAAAAUACUCAAAAAGUUAAGGAAGAAAUGAGAAGAUUUGAAAAGGAAGUGCUAAAUAUUGAAGCGAAAGAAGAGGAAAAGAUGUCGAUUUCCGGUAUAACGGUGCCCCCAGAGAGCUUUGAAAUGAAGAAUUACGAUUACUCAUCACUUGCAUCUGAUAUUUCAAAAGAGUUCAGAGAUGCUAAAUGGGUUGUGCUCACCACACCAGUCGUCCAAAAAUUAGGCGGAAAAUCAGGUGGACUCGGGAAUAAAGAAACUUACUAAGGCACUGCUUUUGGAUAAUAAACCAACACUGCAGCAGGAAAUAGCUCCUCUUUAACGUUAUCAAAUGCUUGUAUGGUAAAGAACAAAAUGUAUGUAUUUGGGGGUUUAGCCUCUGCACAAAAAGGAGGAAAUUUUCAAACAUUUUACGAAUGCCAAAUAAAAUUUCAGCAAGAUGAUGGCCUGCUAUUUAUGUGGGAUAAAAUUAAGUCUGAUGCCCCUAGGGCAAGAGACUCUCACACCUGCGUUCAGAUAGGAGACUCACUUAUCAUGUUUGGAGGAAGUGGAGGUUAAACAAGUUUUAAUGAUCUUAAUAAGUUUGACAUUAGAACCUAAAAGUGGAGUAAACUAGAACCUAUAGGAGAUAUACCAGCCCCGAGAGAAGGACAUACUGCAAAACUAGUGGGUAGAGAUCGUAUGAUGAUACACGGAGGUGUCAACUAAAAUGAGACAUCUUUUAACGAUACUUAUAUUCUUACAGGGGUCCAAAAAUUUAUUGACAGUAAUUAGCAAAGCCUUAUCACUUAGAAUGAAAUCAAAUAGUUCCUUCCAUACUAGAUGAAUUUUGAAGGAGUGAAUGCAUCUGCAAGUUUUGACACGAACUCAACUAAUGCUGGAAGCUCAGCAUAAAAGCAAUUGAACAUAUCUUAUUAAGGGAAAAAAUGCGACAUGUUACGCUGGUAUAAAUGUAUCGAAAGAGGAGACAUACCUUGUGGGAGAGAUAGUCAUUCAAGUGCAUAAAUUAACAACAAGAUAUACAUAUUUGGAGGGCAAGGAGACAAUGAUGUCAUAUUUGAUGAUCUAUAUAGCGUUGAAAUCAUCGAGGAGAUCUUAGAUGAAGGUGAAAUUUAAUUUAUUGCUCAGUGGGAGAGACUUGAAAAUCAGACUCCAAUCGAGAAAUUUCCUCCACUCCAUAAGCCAAUGGCUAGAACUAGUCACACUUGCACAGUUUACAAAAAUCGCUAUUUGGUAAUAAUAGGAGGCGAAACUCACUAGAUUAAUACAGGUUCCAAUGAAAUGAGUGCUCAGAAGAGAAAUUUUUCUGGGAAAUCGAGAUAAAGAGAAAUAUCUAUUGAUCUUGAUUAGGAAAGUGAAAUCGUUGAUCAAAGCAUUAAAAAUUUCAACCCUCCUGAGGAUAAUUAAGUGAUGAUUGACUAAUUCAACAACAAAUUUCUCAAUGACAUCUGGAUCUAUGAUACAGUUCUUCAAAAGUGGCAUGAAAUCAAAGCAUCAUUUAAGAUAUAAGGUCCCCUUGCUGGUAAAAAAAUAAAAAAAGAAUUUGAACCUAGAAUGGCGCACUCAGCUGUGCAAUAUAAUUAAUAUGUUAUAGUCUUUGGAGGUCUUAACUAGGAUAGGCUUCCAAUCUCAAACGAUUUGUUUGUUCUUUCUCUUGAUGGUUAGCUAGGGAGUAUUGGCAAAGCACUAGAAGUUUAGGUCGAAUCUAAAACUGCCAUAACAAUACCUGAAGUAAAUGUUUUGGAAAAGGUUUAAACUAACAAUGGAUAGAACAAAACCAAAGUAACAAGAACUUUGAGAAUAACUGAUCCUGAAGACAGGAAAGAGAUGUCUGGCCAAAUUUUGAACUAAAUAAUUAACUUUAAUAGCAGCUAAACGAAUCAAUUUUUCCUAAAUGGAAAUUAAGUAUAUGCCAGUGCUGGUGGAUCUAUGAAUUUAGGUUUACAAUUAGAUUAGAGUGGAAACUAAAAAUAUCUUCAAAGAGCAGACCAGUAAGUUUAAACAAGAGAAAUAGAUAGUUAUGAUGACAAUGAGGAUCCUAAAAAGGUUAAGAGAAAUCUUUCGAUUGCCAUUUAAAACAAUGAUUUCCAUGUGAAAUCUUAAAAUAGAGCCAAGCUAAGCUUUUUCAAGAGUUUAUUGAAAUAGAUUGACUGGCCUAUACAAUGCUUUUCUGCAUUUAUUGACAAUUCUAUUCAAGCUCAUGAGCUUUAGAGAUUAAAAUAUGAAGAGUAAAAAAAUCAUUCUACCUACGGCCAUAUUGGCGGAGGAAACUCAAAAGGAUUAAACUAGUAGGCAUAACUAAGGCCGAGUUUCACGAAAGAAAAUUACAUUGAAAUCAAAGAUAAUGGCUAUGGCAUGCAUCCAAAACACCUGAUGGAGAUAUUAUCAUCAUUUAGCUCGUAAAAUCUGUUACAAUUCAAAAGUGAUUAUAACUUUUCAGAGCAUGGUCUAAAUUUCAAACUUUCUGCACUCAGAUUAGCCAAUUAAGCUUUGAUUAUAUCAAAGACUAAACCAGUUAUUGAUUAUGGAAGUUCAACUCAGUUCUUGUCUAUAGCUUUGCUAUCUUUUAAGUUUUUGGAGGAAGCAUGUUCAUAAUACCUAGUCUCACCCUUAGUUUGCUUUGAACUUAGAAACAAGAAAAUCAUUAAGAACAUCACACCUUAGCCAGAGCAUUUUCUAUUUAAAAUAUCUGAGUACACAUCUCCAAUAUUUAAUAGUGCAGAUUAGAUUCAGCAGUAUGCAUUGAAUGUAAUGGGAGAUUGUGGAACAUCAAUAAUUUUAAUGGAUUUAAUAUCUUAAAAUUUAAGCAAAAGUGAACCCAAAGUUUAAGAAAUUGGCUUCUUCAACAAUGAUGUCAUUCUAAAUCCAUUAUGUUUUCCAAAUGAAAGUAGUUCUGAUAGAUUGGAGAGUUCAUUAAGGAAAUAUCUAAAGUAUCUGUACUUUGAAUAUCCAGAAAAUGUGAGAGUUUCCCUUAACUCAUAAGAGGUUGAUCUUGUUAACCCUUAUUCGCAAAUUAAGAAUAACUACUGUCAUGCAUUUCAAGGAGAAAGAACAGAUAAGUUUGCAGUAUAAAUUCUUAACGAAAACCAAUUAAGAGAUGAGUAUAUACAAGCAAGAAUGCAAAAUUAAUAAGGAUGGUCAAUAGAUAUGAGUCUCUAAUCUUGGUUAAAUGAAGUCAAACAGCUUUAGGGAAUACUUGUAUAUAGAGGAACUGGCCGCUUAAUAAGGAGAUAUGAGAGUACUUUUGGAUCAGAUGAUGAUGAAAUGAUGCAAAAUUAGAUGAGAAAAGUUUGGAUUGAUGGAAAUUAGAACCUUUUAUACAAGAAAAACGGAAUAAUUUCUGUUUUUAAGUCUAAAUCAAAUACCACUAUUGACAAGAAGGAUUUCACAGAUAAAAAAAUUAUGAGAAAAGUUAGAGAAUGGAUAAAGAAAAAUGAGUAAACCACACAAGAGUAACCUCAAUCAUAAGUUUAGCAAGAAUUUGAGGAUAAAAUAUAAUUUUCUAGAUGA